UGUUUUAUCCUCUGUUUUAUCUUCAUUUUGUUCAAACCCCACCUUCAAAAAUCCAUAAACCCACUAAAAAAUUAAAAUAUAAUAAAACCCAUUUCCUAACUUCAUUUUAUCAAAUAACCCAUUUGUUCAAAUGUUGAAAGAAUCACAAAAAAAGAAGGAAAAAUGGAAGAAUCAAUUAAAAAACAAAAAACCAUUUGGUGGUUUUGGGUUUAAGUACAAAAAGUGUCUAUUUUUAGUUAUAUUGUUGAUGAUUCUUUGUCAUCAAGGUUUAGGUCAAGAAGGUUGGGAUGGUGUAUUUAUAACUGAAGCUGAUUAUCAAGGUUUACAAGCCUUUAAAAAUGAACUAAUUGAUCCAAAAGGGUACUUAAAAAGUUGGAAUGAUAGUGGUUUUGGUGCUUGUUCUGGUGGUUGGGUAGGAAUUAAAUGUGCCCAAGGUCAAGUUAUUGUAAUCCAACUUCCUUGGAAAACUUUAGGAGGAAGAAUUACUGAAAAAAUUAACCAAUUUCAAGCACUUAGAAAACUUAGUCUUCAUGAUAAUCUUAUUGAAGGUUCAAUCCCAUCUUCUUUAGGUUUUCUUCCAAAUCUUAGAGGUCUUCAACUUUUUAAUAACCGAUUUUCGGGUUUGAUUCCACCUUCUUUAGGCCUAUGUCAUUUACUUCAAACCCUUGAUCUUAGCCAUAAUUUUCUUAUUGGAACAAUCCCUCCUAGCCUUGCUAACUCUACCAAGCUUUAUUGGGUUAAUUUGAGCUAUAACUCUUUGGAAGGUCCUAUACCAAACGAGCUAACUAGGUCUAUUGGACUUAAUGUUCUUGCACUUCAAUACAAUAAUCUAUCUGGGGUUUUGCCUAUAAAUUUGGGAAAACUUUCUAGUCUUAAGAUAUUGGAUCUAUCACAUAAUGUCAUCAAGGGUAGUUUUCCUAGUAGUAUUUCAAGUUUUUCUUCUUUAAGCACAUUGAACUUAGAAAAUAACAAUCUUGUAGGAGUUUUGCCUGAAAAUAUAGGUAAUCUUCAAAAUUUGUCUAUGCUUAACCUUAGGAAGAAUCGAAUCGAAGGCCGAAUUCCUCCAUCAAUUGGAAAUCUUUCUACCCUUAAAGAGCUUGAUUUGUCCUUCAAUCACUUCAAUGGAGAAAUCCCACAUACAAUUUCUGAUUUGCCUAGCCUUAGUUUCUUGAAUGUGUCAUAUAACCAUCUUUCCGGUUCUGUUCCAAUUGAGCUUACCCACAAGUUCAAUUCAAGCUCUUUUAUAGGAAAUCUCCAAUUGUGUGGAUUUAGUUCUUCAAAUCCAUGCCCUACACAAGCACCAUCUGCUUCUAGUGGCAUUCAAGAACAAGCCAAAAAAGGAAGGAAAUUGAGUAUAAAAGAUGCAAUUCUUAUAGCAGCUGGUAUACUCAUUUUGGUAAUGCUUAUACUUUGUUGCAUACUAAUGUUCUGCUUGAUCAGGAAAAGAGGUAGAUCAAGACGUGAUAGGGAAGGUGUAGCAGCCACAGGGCGGGCCCCACAAGUCGAAAAAGGGAGCCCGUCAGGUGCACCGGAGGUCAAAGCGGGCGAAACGGGUGGGAAAUUAGUCCAUUUUGAUGGCCCAAUGGUGUUUACUGCAGAUGAUCUUUUGUGUGCAACAGCUGAAAUUAUGGGGAAAAGCACUUAUGGAACUGCUUAUAAGGUUACUUUGGAGGAUGGAAGUCAAGUAGUUGUAAAGAGACUUAGAGAAAAGAUUACAAAAGGGCAAAAGGAAUUUGAAGCUGAAGUUAAUGUGCUUGGCAAAAUUAGACACCCAAAUCUUUUGGCAUUGAGGGCUUAUUAUAUGGGACCUAAAGGAGAGAAGCUUCUUGUCUUAGAUUAUAUUCCUAAAGGAAGCCUUGCAACUUUCUUACAUGCUCGAGCACCAGACACACAUGUAGGCUGGCCAACAAGAAUGAGAAUAAUACAAGGAAUGGCAAGAGGACUCUUCCAACUUCACAACAAUGAGAAUAUAAUCCAUGGCAACCUUACAUCAAGCAAUGUUCUGAUCGACCAGAACAACGCCGCCAAGAUCGCAGAUUACGGCCUGUCGAGACUAAUGACAGCAUCAGCUGCAGCAAAUGUGAUUGCUACUGCAGGUGCACUAGGGUAUCGAGCUCCCGAGCUGUCGAAGCUCAAGAAAGCGAACACGAAAACUGAUGUGUAUAGUUUAGGGGUGAUCAUCUUAGAGUUACUCACCGGGAAAUCACCCGGGGAGGCGAUGAACGGUGUGGAUUUGCCACAAUGGGUGGCCUCAAUUGUGAAAGAAGAGUGGACUAAUGAGGUUUUUGACUUAGAGUUGAUGAAGGAUGCUUCAACUAUUGGUGAUGAGUUGCUCAACACUUUGAAGUUGGGCUUGCAUUGUGUUGACCCGACACCCGCUUCAAGGCCCGAGGUUCAGCAGGUAUUACAACAGUUAGAGGAUAUUAGAACGGGCGAUUCAGCUCCAACUUCGGGUGAUGAUGGAGGUGGCUAUCCAUUGGCGAGUGAUUGAGAAAGAUUUUGUAGGAAGUUGGAAGAUCUAGAAAAGAUUAGUUGUCUUAGAUAAUCCAAAGCUAAUUAUCUUUUUUGUAAAUAGAAUUGGAUUUUGUAAUUGUUCUUAAAUAAUCUUUGAUAAAGAUUUGUUAUCA